UACCAACAAAGGCAGAGAGAGAGAGAGAGAGAGAGAGGAUCCGGACAAGUAGCGGGAGACAUGCCUGCGCGCAGAUUUACAUUUGGGAGGUCAGAUGAUGCCUCCCACCCUGAUUCCAUCCGAGCCAUGAUCUCCGAGUUCAUCUCCACCUUCAUUUUCGUCUUCGCUGGUGAAGGCUCUGUCCUUGCUCUUGGUAAGCUCUACAAGGACACAGAGAUUACGGCCUCUGGUCAGGUGGCUGUGGCCGUGGCCCAUGCGUUGGCUUUAUUUGUGGCCGUAGCAGUUGGAUUCAACACAUCAGGAGGACAUGUUAACCCAGCUGUUACAUUCGGUGCACUCGUGGGUGGUCGAAUCACCUUCAUCCGAGCUUUCUUUUACUGGAUAGCUCAGCUCUUGGGUUCUAUUGUAGCAUCUCUCUUGCUCAGGGUUUGCACAAAUGGCAUGAGACCGGUUGGGUUUUCUGUGGCGUAUGGGGUUAGCGAAUUGAGUGCUUUUUUGCUGGAGAUAGUGAUGACAUUUGGGUUGGUCUAUACAGUGUAUGCAACUGCUUUGGAUCCAAAGAGAGGUAGCCUUGGGACAAUCGCACCACUGGCUAUAGGGCUUAUCGUAGGUGCAAAUAUCCUUGCCGGAGGACCCUUUGAUGGUGCAUCGAUGAACCCAGCUCGAGCUUUUGGGCCGUCUCUGGUUGGGUGGAGAUGGAAGAACCACUGGAUCUAUUGGGUGGGACCUUUCAUUGGGGCAGGAAUUGCAGGUCUAAUCUAUGAGUAUUUGGUAAUCCCAACAGAAACGCCACAUACUCACCAAACCUUAGCCCCAGAAGAUUACUAG